AUGCAGUUUCUACUUCUUUCGAUUUUGCCACUUGUCUUAGCAAAUACUAAGUGCAACAAGUAUUGUACAUGUUGCGUUGAAAAAGUGAAAAAAAGCAAGAUAUACGUUGGAACAUGUGAUGGAGAUGGAAAAUCAAAACAAAAAUUGACAUACAUUCCGAUAUUCCCCGAUGGAACACGGAAGGUUGUAUUUAUAAACAACGACUUACAGAUACUAUCUAAAGAGUCAUUAGAAAACAUAUCAUUAGCGAGUUCUCAUGUUACUGACUUGAACUUAAAAUAUAACAAUAUAACAUUCAUCUAUAACAAUACAUUCAGUGAUAUGAUUUGGUUAUGUAAAUUAGACAUUUCUGGUAAUAAUCAACUUCUAGGUAGUGAUAUAGCUUACAGUCUUUAUAGCGUACCGAAACGCUACAUAAAUACAUUGAUAUUAAAAGACAUGAAACUCAAACCCUUUGACGGCAUGUUUAGUGGACUUAAAGGGUGCAGGAUUAAGAAAAUUGCCAUGGCUAAUAAUGAUAUUGAAAUAUUCAAUGGAUCAUGGUUUUCACAGUUAAGAGAGUUGAUCCAACUAGACCUACAUUGGAAUAGAAUAUCAAGCCAAAAUUUGAAUCUAAAAGGACUCUUUAGCUUAACAUGGUUACAUCUAGGCGACAACCCGUUAACUGAAAUCCCUGCGUUUUGUGAUGAAGGCCUUUUUCAGUUAAAAAUAUUACAUCUUUCAUAUACUCAACUGCAAUCAUUUGCCGACAUGAAAGACAAAUUCAGAUGCCUACAAUCAUUAGAACGAUUGUUUUUAAACGGCCUCAACAUAAAUCAACUGCAUACAAAUACAUUUUCAGAAUUGAAGAGCUUGAAGGAACUCAGUUUGAUUAAGAUGCAAGGACGUAGCUUAGAAAUAACCCCGUAUGCAUUUAAUAGCUCGUCUUUAGAACAAUUAAGUUUUUUUAUGACAAACGGAUUCCGUUUUACCAAUUGGUCUGCACAAGUCGGAUAUUUUGAUCCGCAGACACUUUUCGAUAAAUGCAGAAAUAUUUUUUCUCUUGAUCUGUCAAACAACUUGUUCGAUUUCACACAAAAAUCUAUCCGAGACAUGUUCAAACCAUUAAAAAAACUAAAAAAACUUUAUUUGGAAAAAUUACAAAUUGCUUAUAUUCCCUGGAACUUUCUAUACCAAUUCCCUCGGCUUCAGUUGCUUUCCAUGGCGAACAACAAGAUAGUACCAUGGAUCGAUGGUUCAUCAACGUUUAAAGACGUUAAGGAACUACAAGAACUUAAGUUGGAGAAUAAUAAAAUAAGCAUGAUUAGUUCAAAAUCUAUACCAUCAACUGUACUUGACCAUUUAAAGACAAUAGAUCUUUCAUAUAACCAUUUCACGUGUUCCUGUGACCUAAUGUGGUUCAGAGACUGGAUGAAAUCAACAAAGGUCAAAAUAAAAAAUGCUUACAAAUACAAGUGUGAAAAUUCGAAAUUUCUUAUCAAUUACAAUCCGACUCCCGAUAGCUGUAAAAACAUCGUUUUAAUUAUUGCAGUGUCAGUUGGAAGUCUUGUUGGUGUUAUUCUAUUUUGUACAAUCAUUAUAUACUUUUGUAGAUGGCGUAUACGUUUCCAACUAUACAACAUUCGAUCGCGCUAUAGAAAUUAUCACCAAAUGAAACAUAAUAAUUGUGUUUAUGUUGCCUACGUGAUAUAUUGCUAUGAAGAUUUUACGUGGGUCAAAAACAAACUCAUCAAGGAAAUGGAAAUAGAACAUGGCUUCAAACUAUGCAUUCCUCAUAGGGAUUUCGAAGUUGGGAAAGUUUUUGCGGACAAUAUCGUUGAUCAUAUGAAUAUAAGCAAAACGGUCAUACCUGUUUUUUCUAAUAACUUUUCCAAAAAUGAAUGGUGUCUCUUUCAACUUGAUGUUGCUCGAAGUAAACUUACUAGAGAAGGAUCAUUAACUAUUUUCCCCGUCAUGCUCGAGGAAAUGGAAUUCAAAAAUAUGAAUGCAGCAAUUUACUCGUUCAUAAAGUUAGCACAUUAUGCAGCUUGGAGCGAAGACAGUAACGCAAAAGAACUUUUCUGGGACAAAAUCAAGGAUCAUUUGAAGAAUAUCUAAGACAAAGGAGUUGAUUUUAAUUUUCAAUAGUUUAGAAUAAACAUGGUACAUACUACAAAUUUGUC